GACCAGCAGCUGACGAUGGCGAGUGGUGGUGGUAAAACGAUAAUGCUGUGAAGUUCGUGUAUCGGUGUUUAUCUUCUUGACAAAUUUUUUUACACAAUAGGCUCAUAAGAUUGCUUAAAUUUUUUUUUUUUUGUUUAAUAUACGAUAAAACAUUUAGGAUCGUGGCCUUAGUGCCAUAUUUAUACUGGAUGAAUAAGCAGUAGCUAUGUGGGUAAAGCCAAAGGAGGUUCUACUGGCUAAUGCUUUGUGGGUAAAUGAACAGUCAACGGUAUAUUUUGUUUUGCAACGCCGUAAAGGCCAUGGAAAAACCAAAGGCCUUACUUCUAUAUUGGUAGGAACAUUGGACAGUGUAUUUGACACCAAACCAGCACCAUUUAGAAUAUUGCAUCAAACGCCAUCGUCAGAAGUUUAUUGGGAAAUAUCAUGUUCUUUGACUCAUGAAGAAAUUUUGCAAGAUUGGGAAUGGCUUCAUUCGAAUUUAAUGGAUACACUUCAAUCGUUUGAUACAGAAGAAGAUAUAACAGAAUUUGUUUGUUGUAAAAUUCAAUCUGUUAUUGCAAAUAAUAUUCCAGAUUGUCAAUUUGCUGAUGAGGAAGAUCCGGCAGCAUUUAAGACAGUAUCUUUCAAAUUUCAUCAGUUAUUUAAUAUACCAAAAGAAGACAAAUUGGUCAAUUAUUAUUCUUGCAGUUAUUGGAAAUCUAGAAUACCUAGGCAAGGAUGGCUAUAUCUGUCUGUAAAUCAUAUGUGUUUUUAUGCUUAUAUACUAGCAAGAGAGACAAAAUUAGUUAUAAGAUGGGCAGAUAUUAUCGAAUUGGGUAAAACAAAUUCCAUAUUAAUUCCAGAUAGUAUACGUGUCGUAACACGUGAUAAUAAAGAGCAUUACUUUUCUAUGUUUCUACACAAAUCGGAGACAUAUUCAUUAAUGGAACAACUUACAAAUAUCGCCAUGAAAAGGCUCAUUGAUGAAAAGAGUGGUUUCAAUGAGGACAGAGAUCUAUUGAAUAAAUUAAGUAAAAAUGUACCUAAGAAACCAUCGUUCCUAAAAAGAGAUCUUGAUGCUCGAGCACAUUCAGAAGCAUACAGGUUACAAUUUAGAUUACCAGGAAGCGAAAAAUUAGAUGGUAGUAUCGAUGCAACCUUGUGGACUCCGUAUAACAAAAGAUAUGUUUGGGGAAAAAUAUAUCUCUCACAAAACUAUCUCUGCUUUGACAGUAGGGUAAGAAAAUUAGUAAGUUUAGUCAUACCCUUGAGAGAAGUACGACUUGUUGAAUCAGCAGAAAAUCAAUCUUCCUCUGUAGAUAAAUCAAUAUUGGUAACUACAGCACGUGCAUCAUUUUUAUUUGCACAGAUUCAAGACAGAGAUUUUGUAGUUCAAAAAAUAUCUGAACUUUUGGCUAAAUCAAAAUUAAUGCAUUUAGGUGGUAGCAGCCUGAGUUUGCAAAACACUUCAACAAAUAGUUUGAAUAACUCUGAGGAUAUGAAGCUUGUAGGAACAUGGAAACCUCAACCUCCAUUAAUGACACUUUUUAAAGCUCCACUCAGUAGUGAAGCAGCUUUAAAACAAGAAGCUAAGGAAAAGCAAUGGGAACUUCAUUUUGCAGAAUAUGGACGAGGUAUCACGAUGUAUCGAACUGUAGAAAUGGCAAAGCUUGUGAUUCAAGGAAUUCCACAGUCUUUAAGAGGAGAAGUUUGGCUUACUUUUUCUGGUGCAUUAAAUGAGAUGGCAAUCAAUUCAGGUCUUUAUAAAUCUUUGGUUGAUAAAUCGUUGGGUAAAUCUUGCCAAGCUAAUGAAGAAAUAGAGAGAGAUUUGCAUAGAUCUUUACCAGAACAUCCUGCAUUUCAAUCGGAUACUGGUAUCAGUGCUUUAAGGAGGGUAUUAUCUGCUUAUGCAUGGAGAAAUCCACAAAUUGGAUACUGUCAAGCUAUGAAUAUAGUAGCUUCAGUUCUUUUAAUAUACUGCUCAGAAGAAUCUGCUUUUUGGCAGUUGUGUAACGUUUGUGAAUCUUUAUUACCUGAUUAUUACGAUCGACGUGUCGUUGGUGCUCUUGUCGAUCAAGGUCUCUUAGAAGAAUUAGCUGCAGAAUAUUUACCAGAUCUGCAUGCUAGACUACAAGAUCUUGGACUUAUAAAAGUCAUAUCACUCUCUUGGUUUUUAACAAUAUUUUUAAGUGUAAUGCCAACAAGCAGUGCUGUAAAUAUUAUGGAUUGUUUUUUUUAUGAUGGAGCUAAGGUCAUUUUCCAGAUAGCAUUAACAGUGCUACAAUGGAAUCAAGAUAAACUCCUUACUUGUCGUGAUGAUGGGGAGGCUAUGCAAUUGUUAACAGAUUAUUUAGGAGGUGUUUAUAACGACGAAGGUCCUAUUCUUCCUAGACCAGUUGAUAAUGCUACACUUAAUAGAAGUAUAUCUGUCCAGACAUUAAUACAUGAAUCAUAUGUAAGAUAUGGCUCCUUGACUAUUGGAGGAAUUGAAAGGCUUCGUUUAAAACAUAGGCUUAGAGUAGUUCAAAGUUUAGAAGAAGGAAUAGAAAAAAACGUAAUAAGAAGUGUUAUUGUAGAUAAAUAUAUGACAAUGGAGGAAUUACAGGAACUGUUAGCAUUAGUGAGGGAAGAAUUGAUGAGCCAGCGAAAGUCUGAACCCGAUAGAUAUGAUCCUACGCAACCACCAUACGAAGCUUAUAAAAUUGACUUUGAAUUAUUUAGAAUAUUAUUUGGUGGUUUAUCGCCAUGGGGUAAAUGUACACAAGCUGAAUCUCUUUCUGCUCGAUUAUUUCGUUUAAUGGACCGUAAUCGUGAUGGUUUACUAAAUUUUCGAGAAUUAGUACAAGCUAUUGGGAUGACUGCAACAGCUGAUCAAACACAAAGGUUGAAACUUCUUUAUACUCUACACUUACCACCACUUCUUACACCUGCUGAUUUUGACUCGCCCACACAUUCAGAUGGAGCUGAAGUAGCAGCAGAAGCAACAGAUUUUUUUGAUAGUAUGGAACAGAGUGUGGCUUCCUUAGAAAUGCCGGUCAGUGUAGCAGAAGAACCAACAGUGGGUACAUUAUCACGAUCAACAAGCAUGAACAGUCAACAUGGUGAUCAGUCCUGGGAAAUACAGAGUAUGGAUAGUUUACGCUCUAUGAUUGCAUCAAGAGAUAGUCCCUUAGAUUUAAAAGUGGUGCCAAAAAUGUCUCAACGUCACUUCAUAGCAUUAUGGAAAACACUUUAUGAUAUGUUUCCAGCACAAUUAGAAGAACAAGAAACAUACCACAGUAUAGCAUCAAUAGGUACUCUUUUGCUACAAUUAGGUGAUGUGGGAAAAAAAUUAAAUAUUAGUCGGGAUGAAUCUGAAGAUAGUUUAUUAUUAGCUGCUUCUGCUGCACAACACAUAUCUUCGUCGCCUGAUCGUAAUGGAAAUCCACCUAGUACAUCAUCUUGUUCAGAUCCUGAUUGGUCGAUAACUAUUGAACAAUUUCUAGCAUCUGCAUUAACUGGUCCACCAAUAGUUGAUUUUUUUAGUAAAAGAGCCGAUCUUGCAGAAGCAAUGGUAAUCCUUAAAAAUCGUAGAUUUAAUCGCGUUCAUUCCUUGUCUGAUACUCCGGUAAUAAACGUAUGAUAUACAUCUCAUACAAACAUAAGUGCAAUAUAGUUUUUUAUGCAAUAGAUCGUCUUGAAUAUUUUAACAAGUAUAUUGAAGUAUUUUAAAUAAAUAUUUUAAAUCUUUGCAUAGAUAAAAAUUCAAGCACUUAUCGAAUUUCAAAUCAGGAUGGUUGUAAUCAUGAGAAAAAGAUAAAAAUGAUAUGACAUUAUAAAUCUAAUCUUAACACUGUUUAUAUAAAGCACUGUAUUCUUAUUUGAAUAUCACAGAUACUUUUCCAAAGUAUAUCCUUUUUUUUUAAUAUAAAGUAUAUAUUAAAGUAAUCUCGAUAUAUGUACAUCUCUUUUAUAAUGGACAUGUAUAUUUAAAAUGUAAGGAACUAACAUUAUGUAAAAUAAUGCAUGAUUAGACACUUUGCUUGCAAAUAAUAUAUUUACAAUAUUGUAUUAACGAUGGAUUACACCUAAACAUAUUGGCCUAUGUUUUCAAAGAUAUAUUCAGAAAAGAAAUUAAAAAAAAAAAAAAAAGGAAAAAAGAAA